AUGAAAUAUGACGGGAGCCUGUAUGCAAACUGCAAGCGAGUGGAUGGACAGCCAAGGCUGGGGCUUAUCACUGAGCUGCAGAAAGACUCUGCGGCUCGCAGUCCGAGCCGAGAUGUGGAGAGCUGGAGGGAGAGCGAAGUAGAAAAUAACACUCAGGCCAUGGGCCUGAGUGACAGGCAGGAUGGCCCCCCAAGGAUUGCUGAUAAAGUGAUUCACCGUCAGUCCGUGAGGUUAGGGAGGACCAUCAAGCUCCUGUGCCCAGUGGAGGGUGAUCCCCCUCCUCUCACCAUGUGGAUGAAGGAUGGACGCACUAUCCACAGCGGCUGGACAAGGUUCCGAAUCCUUCAGCAAGGGCUGAAAAUCAAGGAGGUGGAAAGUGAAGACGCGGGAACCUACAUUUGUAAAGCCACCAAUGGCUUCGGCAGCACCAAUGUGAACUACACCCUCAUCGUGAUUGAUGAUGCCAGCUCAGGAAAGGAUAGCCAGGUACCUGAAGGCUCCAAUGGAGAAUAUGAAGAUCAUUCUGGGAAGCAAUGGGCCCGGCCCAGGUUCACACAGCCUGCCAAGAUGAGACGGAGAGUGAUCGCCCGUCCUGUUGGCAGCUCCAUCCGCCUGAAGUGCGUGGCCAGCGGGAACCCACGGCCUGACAUCACGUGGCUGAAGGACAAUAAGCCCCUCACGCCCCAAGAGAUUGGGGAGAACAAGAAGAAGAAGUGGACACUGAACCUGAAGAACCUGAAGCCAGAGGAUAGUGGGAAAUACACCUGCCGAGUGUUUAACAAAGUUGGAGAAAUCAAUGCAACAUACAAAGUUGAAGUAAUCCAGAGGACGAGGUCGAAGCCCAUCCUGACAGGGACACACCCUGUCAACACAACAGUAGACUACGGUGGGACGACGUCCUUCCAAUGCAAAGUCCGCAGUGAUGUCAAACCCGUCAUCCAGUGGCUGAAAAGGGUGGAGUACGGCACAGAGAGCAAGUACAACUCAACCAUCGAUGUUGGGGGACAGAAGUUUGUUGUGCUACCCACGGGAGAGGUCUGGUCCCGUCCUGAUGGUUCCUACCUGAACAAACUGAUGAUUACUCGAGCCAAGGAAGAGGAUGCAGGGAUGUACAUUUGCCUAGGGGCAAACACCAUGGGCUACAGCUUUCGCAGCGCUUUUCUCACAGUCCUUCCAGAUCCCAAGCCUCCGAGUGCACCUGUGCCCCCCUCCUCAGCCAGCAGCCUUCCCUGGCCCGUGAUCAUCGGCAUCCCCGCUGGAGCCGUCUUCAUCUUCGGAACAAUCCUCUUGUGGCUUUGCCAGACCAAGAAGAAACCCUGCUCCCCACCAGCUGCUGCCCCCGUGCACCGGCCACAGCCCCGGGACAGAAUCUGCGUCUCCCAGGUCCCUGACAAAGACUGCAUCUCCUCCAUAAACUAUGAGGAAUAUGUCGCCCAGCAGCAGCAUUUACUGUCACAGGGGCCUGCACUUGCCCCGGCCAUGGCAUCCAAAAUGUACCCAAAGAUUUACACAGACAUCCACACCCACACCCACUCACACGUGGAAGGCAAAGUCCAUCAGCACCAGCACAUUCAGUACCAGUGCUAAGAGGGUGGCUGUGUACAGUAGCUCGUUUGGGCUUUUCCUCGUGGUACCUCAGAAGAGACUGCUCCAAGUC